AUGUGUAAUGCAAACGAACAAUACUCAAGGAAAUAUAACCUUCGUGUUGGUGGAAUAAAAGAAGAGCCAGGCGAGGAUUGUUAUGAAGCGAUAUCAAGUUUCUUUAGUAAUGAAAUGGGUGUAACAAUUGAUGAUGCAGAAAUUGAUCGUGUGCAUCGAGUGGGUAAGGCCGGCGGUUCAUCUCCCCGUCAAAUGAUCGUUAAGUUUAAAGGUUACAGAGCGAAGCAAGCAGUAUUAAAAAGUCGCCGCGAGCUUAAAGGCAAAAAGGGACUUUAUGUUAGAGAGGAUCUUACUGCUAAAAACCUUGAUUUGUUCCGUUAUGCACGUGUGGUGGAGUUUAUUUCAUCUGUGUGGUCAAGCGACGGGAAAAUAUUUGUUAAGUUGAAAGUCGAUUCUUCAAUUCGUGUUGUCUGCUGUAAAGACGAUGUUCUGAAUCUACAGUUUGUCUAA